AACUCCAAUCCAACCAAACUCUUAGAUUUUAAAGCCACGAAUAAAGAGUCCAAAGAAACCCCGGAAGGCAGCUUCACGCAACGACGCUGACGGUCCCAAAAGACCCCCCACAGCUAAUAGUAAAGCCCCAGCCCAGCCCUCCGAUGCUCGCGCUAAGGCUGGAGGACUGUGACGUCACAAUUAAGUCUUCUCUACCCUGGACCAGGACCCCUGACUAUGAUUGGAUAAUUCCGAUAAGGGCGGUGAUGGGGGAGAAGGGCGGGAAUAAAUCCCACAGACAAAGAAAAGUCUUUGGGUGGGACAGAAAGGGAGGGGCUCCCAGCCUGAGGUCCCUAUAUAGAUAGAGUCUUGAUUCCGCCCUCCGCGGCGCCAGAGAACAGAGGGGGAGGGGACCAGGUCCUCAGCCCAAGCUGCCCCGCCCGCCGCGGUGGGGGCGGGGCCCCAGGGGGCGGGGCUAUGCGGAGUAGGGAGGCAGGGCGGGGUAGCUGAGAGUGGCCCCCUGGUGGGGCCAUGGAGAAGCAGAACUCUCUGGGGGCUGCUGGCUACCUCAACGGGGAAUCCCCUGGAGGUGCAACCAGGGGAGUGCGAGGAGGCAUCAGAGGAGUAGAGGCAGGCGCCAGGCCGCCCUCCGGAGUAGUCUUGUGUCACGGUUCUGGGCACCCCCCUCACUCCGGGGGAGUCGUAAUUCACAGUCCUGGUUCUAGCCGGUCCUCCGGGGGGGCAGCGAUCCUCGGUUCUGGGCCCAACCAGUACCCUGGGGAGGUUGCGGGCCACAGCCAUGUGUCUGGCACAUACGCUGGUGGAUUUAAUCCCCCCUUUCCUGGAACCACAGUAUCCGGGACGUCCAGCCUUGGGUCCGGUGGGUCUGGGGUGUGCCACUCGGGAAGCAGUUCGCGCCCUGGGUCAACUUUCUUGCACCCCCACAAACCUUGUGAGGACCGGCCCCGGGGCAUCCUAAAAAACUGCAGCUCCAUCUUGAUGCAGAAAUCCCCCAGUGUGGAGAAGAAAAAGUCUCAGCGCUGGGAUGAAAUGAAUAUCCUGGCCACCUACCACCCUGCUGACAAGGACUACGGAUUUAUGAAGGUGGAUGAGCCCAGCACUCCCUACCACAGGCUGCAGGACAACAAUGAGGACCUGCUUGAGGGUUCCUCCCACACAGUGACUCCAGAGGAGCUAGCAGAGAGACUCCAGUGAUUUUGAGAAGCGCCGCAAGACACACUACAAUGAAGGAAAGUUCCUCAAGACUCAGAAAAACCUACCCUUGGAUAAUAAGAAGAACAGCAAUGGGGGUAGUGUCAGUAUGGGCAGUGGCAGUCGAGGU